GACAAAAUCAAAAAUGGUUUCCUCUGGAAGUGAAGUGCUCUUGAACCUCUUUACCAGAUCUGAAUCUCAGCUUGUAAUUGCUCAAAUGGAUUAAAUAUAUUGUAAAUAUUAGUGAUUAGACCUUCCAAGAAUGUGGCAGAAUGGAAGGCCAAACUGAAGAAAGAACUAAAUCACCUCCUCCAGCAAAAGUGAGCAGUCCAACUACUGAAGCUUUAGAGACAGCUAUACUCAAAGUCUACUUGAAUUCAGGCAGCUGUGUUAUUGUUAAAUUUGCUAUUGAUACACUUGUAAAGACUGUUGUCCAAGCUGUUAGCAGUCAAAUUGCUUGUGGCACACGGGUAUUUGAAAGUCUCUAUGGCAUUCGCUUAGCUCAUACGUUAUCAGACGAUGUGUAUUGGAUUCAUGGUGAGAGUAUUGUUCUUCAAGUCGUCAAAAAAUACCAGGCACUUCUAUCUAUCGAUGAAUGGAGGUAUGAAUUGCGGGUGCGUUACUUGCCUAGCGAUUUGAGAGAAUUAUAUGAAAAGGACAAAGUCACAUUUCAUUAUUUUUAUGAACAGGUAAAGAAUGAUUAUCUGAAAUUAAAGUGUAAUGUGGAUCAAGAGUUAGCAUUGCAACUAUGUUGUAUAGAAAUUAGGAGAUUUUUUAAGGAUCUUUCCCAUAUAGCACUUGAUAAGAAAUCAAAUUUUGAAUAUCUAGAAAGAGAUGUUGGUUUGCAUAAAUUUUUGCCUGCUGCUGUGAUUACUGCGCACAAGCCCAAAGCCCUGAGAAAACUGAUGCAAUCUCAUAUGAAGAAGUUUGUGUCCUUAAGUGAGGUUGAUUGCAUGUUUAAAUUUCUUCGUCUAGUCCACCCUGUGCUUUUGUAUGAUAGAGAGAUAUUCAAAUGUGCCCUUGGGGGUGGUUGGAGUGUCCCAAUUGAAUUAGUCAUUGGUCCAGACCUUGGAAUUAGCUAUUUGACAGAUCGGGCCACACAGCCUACUCAUAUGGCAAGUUUUCAGCAAGUACAGUCCAUACAUACUAUUCAAUCUGAGUAUGAAUCUGGUUGUAAGGCAAUUUUACAACUGAAAAUAUCUGGAGCAUCUGAGAUGCUGAGUAUAUCAUGUCCAACACUUGCAAUAGCUGAAAGUAUGGCAGAUCUUAUUGAUGGUUAUUGCAGACUAGUUCAUAAAACACAAACAUCUUUCUGGAAUAAGAGGAAUGACCGAACAGGAAGCUUAAAUUCACCAAAUAGUGAUAAUGCUGAUAAUAAUUCUGGUAAAAAAGAAAUUGUUUUCCGAGGAGAUUCUAGUGAUUUGAUUGAUGAUGAAGGAGACUAUUCAACACCAGUUGCUCGUGAUUAUGAAUUAAAUCGUGCUGAUAUUACACUGGAAGAAAUAAUUGGUGAAGGUCAGUUUGGAGAUGUUCAUAAAGGCACAUAUAAAUCAAAAGAUUCAUUGAGUAUUCCUGUUGCAGUUAAAACAUGUAAAGUCGAAAGUGAAGAAUCUGUAGGUGAAAAGUUUUUAGAAGAAGCAUAUAUCAUGCAACAGUUUGAUCAUCCUCAUAUAACCAGGCUAAUUGGUAUUUGUUCUGAAUCUCCCAUCUGGAUUGUAAUGGAACUUGCCAAACAUGGAGAGAUGAGGGCUUAUCUGCAAAACAAUCAGUCCAAAUUGGAAUUAGCAACAUUAAUUUUAUAUGCUUACCAGCUGAGUACAGCUUUAUCUUAUUUGGAAUGUAGAAAAUUUGUUCACAGAGAUAUUGCUGCUCGAAAUGUUUUGGUGUCUGCAAGAGAUUGUGUAAAAUUAGCUGACUUUGGGUUGUCUCGUUGGGUUGAAGAUCAGUCCUAUUACAAGGCAUCAAAAGGCAAACUACCCAUCAAGUGGAUGGCUCCUGAGUCUAUCAAUUUUAGAAGAUUCACGACAGCUAGUGAUGUGUGGAUGUUUGGUGUUUGCAUGUGGGAGAUUUUAAUGUUUGGUGUUAAGCCAUUUCAAGGUGUCCGUAAUAAUGAUGUCAUUGUGAAAAUAGAGAAUGGAGAAAGGCUGCCUUUACCUCCAAAUUGUCCACCCAGACUUUACAGCUUGAUGUCUCAGUGCUGGUCUUAUGAACCAUCUAAACGGCCUAGCUUCAAAGAGAUGAAGCAUGUCUUACGAGAAAUUUUAGAAGAUGAAAGAACACAAAUAGAAGAUACUCUAAGAAGAGAAAAUAGAAGAGUUCAAGCCAUGUCAUGGGGAUCCUCAAGCUCUGAUGAACCUCCACCAAAGCCUUCAAGACAUCAAGUAGAUAUUGUAGCCCCACCUGUGGAACCUACUACUUACAUUGUAGCUCCUAAUCCUGAAGUUCUUGCACAGCUUAUCCAGGAAAAUGCCAACAGCCUUCCUCCUGCAUGGGCUUAUGUUGCUCCUGCAUCUCCUGCUAAUACCUUUACUGUGCAAAGAUUAAGCGAAUCUGAAGAUGAAGGUGGAAGAUCAGAAGACAAUGCACAGGAAUCUGCACUGUCAAAGGAUCAAGUCUUGGAAACCAAAGUAGAGCACUUGGUGCAAAGAUGCCAAGAAUUCAAUUUAGAGCAGGCUCGAAAGAGGCUAUCCUACAGUGAUCAUUCUCAUGGCUCUGAUUCUGAAAGUGCUAGUACUGUUCCUGGUUCUCCGACAAUGCCAAAUGAAGCUGAAUGUCUUGAUUCAGUUCCUGCUGAAAGAAAACUUUCAAAUGGUUAUGCUGAAUCGCCUGUUACAUCUGAAGCAGUGCCCAUUGCUAAACCAAUGAGUCCUACUUCUUCUGUGUCCUCUCCUUUUCAAGCAAAUGCUGGAGGCCAUGGAAAUGAUCCUAUCUAUGAAUGCACCACCAGUGUUGUACGUUCUGUCAUGCAGCUAUUACAAGGAGUGCAGAAAGGUCAACAUUCAGAAUAUUUGGAGCUAGUAAAGAAUGUUGGAAUUGAACUAAGGAAUCUUCUUGCUGCUGUGGAUCACAUUGUCCCUUCUCUGCCAUCCUGGUCACAUAAAGAGAUUGAAAUGGCUCAUGGUGUUCUUAGCAAAGAUAUGGUAAAUCUGGUGCAGGCUAUGAAACAAGCCCAACGAUUUGCCCAAACUACACUAGAUGGUGAGUAUCGCAAGCAUAUGUUAGCCGCUGCCCACAUUAUUGCUGUAAAUGCAAAAAAUCUUUUAGAUACAGUAGCCAAUGUGAGAGCCCGCAUGUUUUCUGGACUUGGUCCAGAGGAUCCACUUCCACAACCUGUUGCAGAAUCUCAUAAAACAGAAUCUGUCAUUGCACAGGAGAGUCAUAUAAAUCAAGCUGUUGAAUCAUCCUAUUAUAAUGUUCAGAGUGAACUUGUGAAUACUGACCAUGCUGAAAUGUCUAAACAGACUGGUGGACCUGGAACUUUUGUUACAUAGUGCUCUGCUAUUUUCAUUGCAACCUAGAUUGUUUAAGAGUCAAUGCUUAAAGAACAAAAUUUAUAUAAGUCAUAUUGUAUGUUUUCUCAUAUCCCUCUGUUAGUCAAUUCUAUUCUUUCUGAUAGAUUUUUAUUCUUGUUCUUAAACAAUUUCCCACUCUGAAAAAAAAAAGUCUUGUUUUGUCUUUCAACAAAUUGUACAAAUUUUUUCAGAAUCAUAUUAGAUGGCUGGGUAGUAAAAACUAUUUAUGUCCAUUCUCAUAUUUGUUUAUAAUUUCUUCAAAUAUUGCAUUUAUUCUCCAUAGAAAUCAUGUAUUGUGUAUAUUCAUAUUUUGGACCAGUUUUGCUGUUUUAAUAUUCUUGAAAAUGCAGCUAUUUCAUUUAUAUUUGUCUUCAUUUCAGAUUGUAUUUAGUUUUAAUUAACUUUCAUAUACCAAAAAUGAAUUGAUUUAUUUAAUAGUUCCUGUAUUUUGUGUACUUUUUUUGCCUCAUUUCUGUCAUUUGUACUAAUUGCAUAUGUUUUGAAACUUCUGUAUCAGCAAGUCUGUAGAAACUAAAAUACUUGCAUUGGUUUCAAAUGUUUUGAAAAGUCAUAUUUUAUUUUCUCACAAUAUGGCAAAUGAAGUAUAGAUAACGUGCAAUAUUUUCAACUUAAAAGAUUAUUCGAUAUUUAAUAUUUUUUUUAUUUUAUAGAUAUAUUAAAUUAUAUUAUUUUCUGGUUACAAAGCAAGCCUAAUAUAUUUUCAAUAUUUUUUAAAAUUUUAUUCAUGGAAUAAUAAUUGCAUAAUUUGUUUAGAUCUGAAAGAAAACACUUUAAAAACUCUUAAUUUCCUGA